GAAGUUGGCUGCAGUUGCUUCACCAUCAUAAAACCAUAAAAUUUAUAAAAAUCAUUAAAAAUCCAUUUCAAGUGUUAAUUAACAAUAUUAUAAUCAAAUUAAAGUUUUCCUUUGUUAAUUACUACCUGAAAAUUUGAAAGGAUUACAAAAUGAAUGAGAGUUUUGGAGGUGGGUUUAACCAACAAGGGGGUGAAGACAAGCAGGAAAAUAAAACUGAAGGAACUUUGCCGGUUUUAAUCAAGGAAGUCCUUUUACAAAAAGAAGAUAUUUGCAAAAUGUGGGGUUUGGAAUAUAAGAUGAUAACUCUCGUUGCUUUAGUUCGUAAUAUUGAGCAUGCUUCAACAAAAAUUACGUAUUCACUUGAGGAUUUCACAGGUUCAAUUAAUGCUCAUUUAUGGGUUGAAGAAGGCGAUGCUCCAUCAUCAGCUGCUAUUAUGUUAGGAACUUAUGCUAGAAUCGUCGGCUCAGUUCGUCAGCAAGGUGAUAUGAAGUCAAUCAUCAUUUACAAGAUUCAACCAGUGAAAGGAGUCAACGAAGUUAACACACAUUACUUCGAAGCAAUUAAUGCACGAUAUCAAUCUGAGGAAUAUUACAGAGGAGGAAUUCCCAUGAAAUCUGAAAACGGAUCGACUGUAAAGAUGGAAACUACAGCAAAUUAUGACGACGUCAAUUCGUCUCAAGCUGGACCGCAAGGCAAAGAGCUAGUCAUCUUUAAUGCUAUACAAGAAAGCGGCCGAAUUCAUUCUGAUGUUGGCAUCAGUCGACAGGAGUUGUGUAGAAAGUUCCCACAUAUCUCUGAAAAAGAAAUGACGAGUCUUUUGACUAACAUGUCAAGUGAUGGCCACAUUUACACAAGCAUCGAUCAUGAUCACUUCCUUUCAUGUCACUAAACCCCCUGAAAAUUAAAAUAAAGAUUGAAAAGUUUGCUCAUUUUUUAUUUGAAUUAAUUUUUCUUUAUUAUCUACUAAGUUUAAUUUUUUUGUGUUGGAUAAAUAGGACAAAAAGCACAGACAUUCUUCUUUUUUUGUUUUAUUAUUUAAUUCAUCAAUUCACAAUCAAUCUCUGUCGAGUAUGAGAAUAAAAAUUGUUCAAAUAUAAUAUUGGAAGAACUAAAAAAAAAGCAAAAUAAAAUUUAAAGUUAAUUAACAAAUGUUUCCUUUCUUUAAUUUUUGAUUUGCUUUGAGUUCCUGUAACUUCCUUGCUCAUCUCAUACGUUGCU